CAUAAUACUUUCACAAAUUUCAGCUUCAUCGGAUUGGAAAAAACAGGUAUAAGAGCUUUUACUCAGCGCGAUCUAGGGGUUCUGAGUCUGAAUAUGCGACGCCAUGGAUGGCAACGACCUCUCCAUCCUUUACAGAUGGUAGGGAUGUCGAUUUAUUGUUUUUUGGUUAUAUCAUUCUUCUGUUUCGGUGGCCUUUUCCUUGGAAGCAGGAAAGCAGAAAUCGCCGUUGUCACAAUAUACUCUUCCAUUGCAUUCUCGGUUAUCAUUUUGUUUGUAAGAUGCACCGCCAUAGAUCCUACAGACAAAACGCAUCUUAAAAAGAAGAAGAAGAACAAGGCCAAGCAGAAUGGUUUACCAAAGAUAAAAUAUGGAUCUAUAUUAGGUCAGAUAUUAAGGAGAUUUGUUAAGAGGUUAGAACGCAAGGUGCUUAGGGCUUUCAUAAGGAGAAAGUAUUUGGAUCCAUGGCAAGGCAAUUUCCAGCAGAAAGAGCCUUUCCUCCCUUUCCCCCUUGUUCUGAAAGAUGAGGGUGCUGGAAUUUCACCAAAUCCAGUUGAAGAUGAUGACAUCUCAUUUUGCUCUAGUUGUAAUUUUGAGGUGAAAAAGCACAGCAAACAUUGUAGGACUUGUAACAGGUGUGUGGAAGGGUUUGAUCAUCAUUGCAAGUGGUUAAACAACUGUAUUGGGAAGAAGAACUACACAACAUUCUUCUUACUGAUGAUUUUUGUGUUAUUGAUGCUUUUCAUAGAAGGAGGAACAGCUAUUGCUGUAUUUAUUAGGUGUUUUUCUGACAAGAAAGGGAUUAAGGAAGAGGUUAAGAGGACAAUGUACAUAGAUUUCCCAAGAGGACUUCUUGCAGCAAUAAAUAUUUUGCUGUUCCUACUCACAGCAUAUGGUUCAGCAGCACUGGCACAACUUUUCUUUUUUCAUGUGGUUCUAAUUCAGAAGGGAAUGAGAACAUAUGAGUAUGUAAUGGCAAUGAGAGAGGAGAAUCUAUCAUCCAUGAAUGAGAUCGAAUCAUCAUCUGACGAAUCCGACUUUUUAUCUGAUUAUGAUGACGAUGAAGAUGAUGAUGUUCAUAGCAUGAUCUCUGAUUCCUCCCCUAAAAAAUCAUCACCAUUUUUUUCAAGAUUUAUAUGCAAGGGAGGGAAGGAACCCUCCUCGAGAUUGUCAAUUAGAAUCGACGGGGGCGGAGGAGGAGAAGGGACCGAGAAGAAGACAAAAGGGUUUCGAGCAGGUAUAAAUCCAUGGAAGUUAAUAAGUAUGAGCAAAGAUAAAGCCGUGUUAGCAGCACAGAAGGCGAAAGAGAGGCUGAUGAACAGCAAUAAUAAAGAAGAAGAUGAAACGCCGAAGCCGCUGCCAUUGGAGACGAAAAGUGGGCCUCUAUCGGAUUCAUCUUUCCCGUCGUCGUCGUCGUCGGGCACGACGCCGUUGAUCUCGAAGAUCAGAGCGCCGAAGUCGCCGAGGAGGUUGUCGAGUCCAAGGAGGCGAUUCUCGAACUCAUUCGGUAAUCCUCUUCCUCCUCCGGCGUCGUCGGGGUUGACGCCGAAGGAGAGGUAUAAGAGCAAUUUCGAUUUGAAAUUGACGGAGGUGUCGAAAGAGAUGGAACUAUACAUUUCGAAGCAGGUGGUUUACUCCGUGAUAAAGAAGGACGGCGGCGGCGAAGAGAUGUAAAUUGGGUGGUGGAAAUGAUGGACAGAUUAAUAGAGACACUCGUAGGUGGUAGAGAUUGUAAGUUGUGUAUGAUAGCAAUUUUCAUGAUUUCAUUUUUUCUCUUUAAACAACACUACUUAUUCUUAUAAUUAUUUUAUUACUAUUAUU